AUGGCUAUGGACGCGGCGGGCACCAAGACCGUCCUGUUCAAGGCCAAGACCAACGCCAACAAGUCCCUCCAUCUUCGCCUGGAUUUCAUGGGCGUGGCGGACCAGCAGAGUUUCGAGGUCGAGGCUAUCGCCAGAGUGGGCAUCAAAAUGCACCUGCUAACCGACAAAAUCCCGGUACAGUCCAAGGAGGGCCUACAACCAACGGAGGCGGACAAGCUCCCAAUGCCCGAGGUCGAGGUCGGGGCGGUACUGGGCAACUUUAUCAACCUAGAUCACAAGACGCAUACCAGUCUCGACCCCAUGUCAAUCAACCCAGGGAGAACCCAAUGGUUGGCUGCCGAAGAGAUCCCACGUGUCGAAAUGAGCUUGGCCGAAUUCGAAGAGAAGGAAUCGUUCAGAUCACGACUAGAAGGUGUUUUCCAGCAGGCAUUCAAAGAGGGUUACCCGCCCACCGGAGACAUCGAGACCAUUUCGCUGGUUGGCUUUGGUAGUCUAGCUUCCGGCUUUGGAUUGCCCGGUUCGGACAUGGAUCUUGCUGUUGUACCAGGAUGGAAGGAUCCGUCUCAAGCAGAUAAGAUCGGAAUUGACCACGACAUUCCGCGCUUACUCGAGCAGGCAGUCCUAGAUGCAAAGAUGGGCGGCCGUCUGCUUACCCGUACACGAGUACCCAUCUUGAAGGUGUGCCAGUCUCCAACAGAGGAGCUCUAUACUGCCCUGUGCGAGGAACGCAAGAAAUGGGAUGAAUUGCCUGAAGCGGAGCAGUACCCUACGGAUGCUCCACCGGUGCCCUCACCACAACCCAAGACACCUCUAGAUAUUGGAGAGCAGCCGUCAGACGCUGCUCCCCAAGCCGACAAUCCUGGAAUUGGCGAUGACUUUCCUGAGCUUGGCGCUGCUCCCAAGAAGAAAAAGAGAGCAGCAUCCAAGCCGCGCGCUACGGCGCAGACGACGAAGAGUGAUACUCCUCCAACACCAACAACACCUUUACCCAUCGAGCCAGCCAAGGAGAGUCCUCCGAACCAGCAACAGCAACAACAGCCUCGCACCGAGAAGGCGUGGAUGCGUGAAAAGGUUCUUGGCCCUCUCGACUUUCCAAAAGAGGGCGUAGGAAUUCAAUGUGACAUCAACUUCGAGAACCCACUUGGCAUACACAACACUCACAUGCUGCGUUGCUACUCAUUAACUGAUCCGCGCGUCAGACUGAUGGUCCUAUUCGUCAAGGCAUGGGCCAAACGCCGCAAGAUAAAUAGCUCCUACUCUGGCACCCUGUCAUCAUAUGGAUGGGUUUUGAUGGUUCUACACUAUCUGGUCAACAUUGCUCAACCUCCCGUCUGCCCGAAUUUGCAGCACUCGAUACCCCAGCCCAAAGAUAUUAGUCAUAUUGAAGACUUCUUCAAAGGCCCUACGGUUGCUGGGUACACAGUUCGGUUUUGGCGCAAUGAGCAGGAAAUCAUGCAAGCUGCACAAUCCGGCCGGCUCUCACAGAAUAGACAGUCAGUCGGCGAUCUGCUUCGUGGCUUCUUUCAGUACUACGCUUCUCUUCCGCAGUACAAUAACCAUGGCCCCCGUGCACCGCAGUUCUAUUGGACAAACGAGGUGCUGUCGCUACGCACACUUGGCGGCAUCCGUACCAAGCAGGACAAGGGUUGGGUCAGUGCGAAGACCACCAUCACAGCGGAGAGGAAGGUCACGAAUCGUUACUUGUUCGCUAUCGAGGAUCCGUUCGAGCUGGACCACAACGUCGCAAGGACCGUCACACAUCGCGGGAUCGUGGCCAUCCGAGACGAAUUCCGUCGGGCUUGGAGGAUAUUGUCGGCUAUUGGCAAAGGUAUGCAACCCUCAGAGGGCGGCAUCUUCGACGAGGUCAUUGAGGCUGCUCCGCUGCCAAAAGAGGAGGUCAUGAAGAUGGGUAUGGAAGAUCUUGGUGUUCAGGAUGGGGAGGAGGGGGCUGACGAGGCAGUUCAGAAGGCGGAGGAGCCCGCCGUGAGCAUUUAG